AUGUACAAGUGUGGAACAUGUGUGUCAAUCCUGAUCUUUAAUACUUCUCGGCAGUGCUUUGUUGUGGUGAAGCAGUUCCGCCCAGCUGUUUACAUGUGUGAAGUAGAAAGACAUCAUCCUCAAGUCUUUCAGCAUCAGGACAAGGAGAACUUCUCUCGUCUAGAGAAUCCCUUACCUGCUGUGGUAGGAGUGACCUAUGAACUCUGUGCUGGCAUUGUAGACAAACCAGACCUUUCUUUAGAAGAAAUUGCAUGUGAGGAAGUCUUAGAAGAGUGUGGCUAUCGUGUUUCCGUUACAGACCUAAGGAGGAUCACUUCUUACAGGUCUGGAGUUGGUGUGACAGGCUCUAGGCAGACGUUAUUUUAUGCAGAAGUGACAGACCAGAUGAGAACCAGCGAAGGAGGUGGCCAGCCUGAAGAAGGAGAGCUGAUUGAAGUUGUAGAAAUACCUUUAGAAGACUGCAUGAAGUUUGCUUAUGAUGAGACUCUCCCAAAGACGAUGGGUGUCAUCUUCAGCUUCAUGUGGUUCCAAAACAACAUAGCACCCAAGCUACAAAAAAAUAAAAUCAAA